AUGAUGCUCCUUUCUAUGUAUGUUGUACUUGCGAUAUCUGCUUUGUCCGCGUACGGCGCGGGCACGUCUUUCGUCUUGGUAGGAGAUAGUACCACCGCCAACGGUACGACACCCAACUCGGGUGGAUGGGGCAACGGGUUCUGCGCUUCGCUGGUUGAAGGCACCGCUUGCAUCAAUACGGCCCACAACGGCGCAACAACCGGCAGCUUCGUCGCCGACGGCUUCUGGGAUAUAUCUCUGUCGUUUAUUCGGAGCGAGGUGGCUAAACAGCGACGUACGCUCGUGACAAUUCAAUUUGGGCAUAACGACCAAAAGAUUGCACCUCCUGAAUCUAUGGGGGCUAACAUGACCGUAAUGGUCGACACGAUCAGGUCUCUAGGAGCAGAGCCAGUGCUAGUCACAAGUUUAACUAGAAGAAGCUUCAAUUCGGACGGAACGAUCAGUGAUCAACUAGGACCUUGGGCAGAUGAAACUAUUCUGAUCUCUCAACAGAAGCAAACUCACUUGCUAGAUCUCCACGCAAAGUCGAUCGAAUACGUCGAAGCCAUUGGACCUGAUGCUGCUCAUCGGUUGAACAGGCUCCCUGACGACAACACGCACUUGAAUGUCAAUGGAACCAUCGUUUUCGGCCGUAUGGUUGCGGAUUUGAUGGCUGCCAGCUUCGCAGGCCAACUCCCCAUAGUUCCUAACCCGCCCCUUACCUUCAACAUCACAAACGGCAUCCCAUCCUUUUGA